CCUUAUCUUUGGGCAUCGUGUGCGCAUGUGCGGUCGCCGCUAUCGUCAUCUGUGUGGCUGCGGUGCUGUGGUUCAAGAUUCGACGCAAACGUCAGAAGCUGCUCCAUGAUUUGACGUUUGACGAUGGCUCGGAGGAAUCCAAGAGCACCAAGUCUGCACCCGCCUCCAGAACACCGUCUCCAAAACUCAGCAAGCGAAUGUCCUGCCCAGAUGCUCUUAACCUGAAGUCUAUUGGCGCCAAAGGAAUGCUAGCCCGCUCUCUGACUUCUGAUCGUAUUCCAGACUUCACUCUACCACCAGAGAGGGUUCAGCCUUGGAGCCCCCAUGAAAAGAAAUCUUCCAAAUUUAACUUCAGCACCCAUCAGAGAAGUAACACACUAGGGAGCAUUAAACCAGACCUCUACCAUCACCAAAGUUUCUCUGAGGAUGAUGAGCCAAAUCUGCCCGAGACUCCCCAUGGUCGCCUAUGGUUCUCAAUGCUUUAUGACGGGGUAACAGAACAAUUGCAGGUCACUCUUGUAAAGGUGAAAGAUUUGCCUGGUCGAACAAAUGGAAGCCAAUCAAGAGACCCAUUUGUCAAAAUUUUUCUUCUACCUGAUGAACGUACCUGUAAGGUUUCGAAAGUGAAGAAGAAAACAUUAAGUCCAAUAUUCAAUGAGACACACUCAUUCCAGGUUCCCCCUGACGAUUUAAAGAAAAGAGUUCUACGCUUCUCUGUGUACGAUGUGGAUCGCAGGCGUGUUCGCCACUCACUUGGUCAUGUGAUGAUCAAUCUAAAAGGACUUGACCUUACAAAAGGUGAAGUGAUGUGGAGUGACCUUGAGCCAAUGGUUCAGUCUACCUCCUCCCUUGGAGAGCUACAGUUCAGUCUGGUCUAUACCCCAACAAGUGAAAAAAUCAAAAUUGGCAUACACAGAGCAAAGAACCUGAACUGUAUGGAAGAUUACCCUGAUACAGGUGCAUAUGUCAGAGUUCAGCUUUUCUAUGGUCAUAAGUGUCAUCGAGUCAAGCGUACGGUUCUUCGAAAUGGGGGCCAGGAGAUCAUGUUCAAUGAAUCGUUGUCAUUUACUGUCAACGGAAAACAAAUGGAUUCUUGUAACAUGGUUGUCUCCAUUAUGCUGACCUGUCCUCGUGCAUAUGGUAGUGAUGAUAUAGAAUAUGGUAGAGUAGCCAUCGGAGCUUUUAUGUACUCCAGGGGUGAAGAGCUCGUACACUGGCAGGAAAUGGUUUCACAGCCCAAGCUCCCAAGUACUAAAUGGCAUUCACUAACAUCUCCCCCUUAAAAGAAACAUUUUUCACAGAAAAUGAUCACAACCUUAGUUAUAGUUUAUGAAACAGCAGUUAUUCAGAAAAAGCUGCUAAAUCUUGACAAUAAUCAUUGAAAAUAAUGUUCAAAAUUGUUUUUCCAAUUAUUUUUUAACAAAGUGUCUUUCAUGCUUAAUGUAACUUACGGUGAAAUGUAGCAUUUAUUUGGUUUUCUACAAGUAUUUACGCAGAAGAAUUGUUCAUGUUUUUUUUUUACAAAUAAGUGGAAAUAAUUCAAAUAUAAUUAACAGCAAUAAGUUUCAA